AUGUCCUCGUCUCAGUUCAUCGAUCUUUUCCGUGGCUGGCCCGCGCAGAGCCUUCUUCCCGUCUCGGUCCUCCAAGAGGCAUCACGAGAGUUCCUCGCAGACGCUGACCGAGCCACUGAGGCCCUCCUCUAUGGUCCAGCAUCCGGUGAGACUUCUCUGAAGGAAGCUCUUACAACGUAUCUGACCCAAUUCUAUUCUUCUCCAUGGACAAAACCGUCACGUCUGACCGUCACCGCUGGCGCAAGCGCAGGCCUCGCAAACAUCCUUCAAGUGUACACAGAUCCCGGGUACACGAAGAAUGUCAUCAUGGUGACUCCAACAUAUUUCCUUGCAGCGCGCAUCUUCGAAGACAAUGGUUUCGUUGGACGAUUGAAGGGCGUACCGGAGGACGAGGAGGGGCUUGACAUCGGCCGCUUGAGAGCGCUAUUGGCUGUUGCCGAGAUGGAAGGACCACCUAAGGGACCUCGUACAAAACGACCACUUGGAGGGCAGAAAUUGUAUCGGUACAUCAUUUACUGCGUGCCGACUUUCGCAAAUCCUUCCGGCAAAGUCAUGUCCCUGCGCCGCCGCCAACAACUCGUCGACCUUGCUCGAGUACACGAUGCUUUGAUCAUCACAGACGAUGUGUACGACAUGCUCCACUGGAACCCAUCGUUCCCCGGGAAGGCCGUCAUGCCUCGCCUCGUGGAUAUCGACCACGCGUUUGAUGGAGGAGUGGCUUCGCACUUCGGUCAUGUCGUCAGCAACGGCACGUUCUCGAAAUUGCUCGGUCCUGGUUUGCGUACAGGAUGGACAGAGUCGACAGCUCAAUUCGCGAGAGGUCUAUCGCGGUGUGGAUCUCUGAGCAGCGGGGGAUCUCCUAGUCAAUUUACCGCGGCGAUCAUUGCUGAAGCACUCACUUCUGGCAGCCUUCAAGCACACUUGGAGGACGUGCUUCUUCCAUCGUACCGAGGUCGAGCUAUCUCUGCCGUCAAAGCUGUGAAUGAGUACCUCGUCCCGCACGGAGCCGUCCUCGAUGCGGAGGAUCCCGAGUUCCAGUCAGAACAGGAGGACCAGAAGGAACAGCCAGCGAUCAAGGGCGGAUACUUUCUGUAUGUCCAUCUGCCACAGGAGCUUGACGCGUCUAAGUUUGUUGCGACAGUGGCGCGAGAGGAGCACGUGAGUGUUGCAAAAGGCGAGAUCUUUGAAGUGUCCAGAAACGAAAAGAAGGCCGUCUCCCAUAGCCUGCGCAUCUGCUUCGCUUGGGAGGAAGAUGAAGAUACAAUCGUCGAAGGUAUUAGGCGUCUGGGUUCAGUGCUGGAGAGUAUGAUGGCUGAAACUUAG